AUGGGGACGAGAAGCGAGCCAAGAUGGAAGACAGAAGACAAGCCAAGGACAUGGUCUAGCCUCCCGCGGCUCAGUACCGCCCUCCCGCAUCUCAGAUCUAGCCUUCCUCGGCUCAGAUCUACUCCACCGCGGCCUCAAUCCUCCCUCCCGCGGCCUCAAUCCCCCCUCCCGUGGCCUCAAUCCUCCCUCCCGCAACCUCAAUCCUCCCUCUCGCGGCCCCAAUCCUCCCUCCCGCCGUCACGCCUCGCUCUGCCAACCAACGCGGACGACCUGCGCGCCGACGCGGACGGUCAGCGCGUGGCCACGAACGACCUGCGCGCCGACGCAGCAGGCCAGCUCGCGAUCGCCGACGACCCGCGCGCUGACGCGGACGGCCAGCGCGACAUCGCCGACCACCCGCGUGCUGACACGGACGGCCAGCGCGACACCGCCGACCACCCACGCGCUGACGCGGACGGCCAGCGCGCGACCGCCGACCACCCGCUCGCUGACGCGGACGGCCAGCGCGCGGCCGCCGACCACCCGCGCGCUGACGCGGACGGCCAGCGCGCGGCCACGAACGGACCGCGCGUCCACGCGUACGGCCAGCGCGCGGCCGCCGAGGACCCCGCGUCGAUGCGGACGGCCGGCGCGGAGCCGCGGCUGAUCUGCGCGCCCGGAUAUACUCUUCCCUCCGUCGUGUUCCAGGAGGAGGGUGGACCUGCUCUUGACAAACACGGACCCGAGCCCGAGCCUCCUGGUGAUCCCCCCUCCUUUGCGCCGGAUGUUAACAACCCACAAAGCGCGGAGUUUGCCAUCCUUGCCUAUCGCACCUCACUCAACGACCACCUUCGUCGUCAACUGCGCUACGACGACGACAAGCGCACCUACGACAGUGCUACUGCCCGCCACCGCGAAUACCAAGCCCAGCUCGCCACUUACACUACACGCCUCGCCACCUACACCACUGAUAUCGUUGCGUGGUGCAUUGCUGAUCGUCGAGCCCUCGCCAUCCUCCUCGCCACCAUCCCCUCCUCCCUCAAACGAGAGCUCUCCCCCACCUCCUCCUCCCACCUCUUUGACCGACAGGACAUCGCCACUCUCUAUGCACUCAUUAAGGAGUUCGGAUCCAUCAUCAUGGACUCCACAGCCGGCGCAGCUGCCUUCACUUGCCGCGUCCUUGACCUUGCUCGCCGCCUUGCAGCGCUCGGUGUUGUCUACCCUGACACCGUCAUCUGCUGCCACCUCCUCGAGGCUCUCACUCCUGCCUUCGACGCCCCGCCACUCUUCCACUGCCUCAGUAGCACAGCAGCGUAG